GUUGCCAAACAAUGGGCAGGGAAAAAGCCACGUUGACAUGCUAGGCUGAAGUCUAAGGGGACUUUGUCGUUGUGAAAGGAUUUUUCUCCAAUCUAGAAGGGUUUUAUUAUUAUUAUUAUUAUUAUUGUGAUAUUUUUUGUUUGAGCUCGAUCAUGUCAUCGCCGCCGAAAGAGAAAAAUGAAACCAGAGCUGGACAUCCCCCUGCUGUGAAAGCAGGAGGGAUGAGGAUAGUCCAGAAACACCAAUCUGCUGGAGACUCCACGUCGGACAGGAAGGAAGACAAGGACAGUAAAGAGUUCGAGAGCUGCAGCCCACCAAAGAUGCCGGUUGUGGUGUCUGGAGUAGUGACUAAGGGCGAUAAGGACUUCACCCCGGCCGCGGCUCAGGUGGCUCACACGAAGCCCGUACCCUCGGUGCAGAAGCUGCCGCCGUCCCACCACAUCAACCAGCACAUCCACCAGCCCCGCAAGUGAACUUCCAUCCUCUUCCAGUGCACAAGGACCACACCACAACCCCCCCAAGCGAUUCUCAGUCGAUUGCCCACACAUUCCUCGCCCACUCCAAACCAGUCCCAAAACAAAUCCCAACCGUUUCUCACUCGAUUCACAUCCGAUUCCCAACCAGUCUCUCAUUUCCAACCCAUUUCCAUCUGAAUCCCAGCCAAUUCCCAAUCAAUCCCCAACCGACUCCCACAGGAUUCUCAUCACUUCCCAGAUGAUUCUCAACCAAUUUCCAACUAAUUCCCAACCUGUUCCAAGCCCAUUCCUGACCAAUCUCCAACCAGUUCCCAGCCGAUUUCCAACCAAAUUCCGACCAGGUCCCAACUGAUUACCUGUCAAUUCCCAACUUAUUCCCAACCAGUUGCCAAUAAAUUUCUCCCCAGUUCCCAACCAGCUCCCAAAUGACCACCAACCAUUUUACACCCAAUUCCCAAGUCAGUGCUCAGGUUCAUUGGGGGAUCCCCAGCAUUCCUCACGGCCCAUUUCUGUCUGUGCCUGCCAGUGUUCUGCCUUGACCAACAUCCUGAGAACCCUUUCUCUCUCUCUCUCUCUCUCUCUCUCUCUCUCUCUCUCUCUCUCUCUCUCUCUCUCUCCCUCCACACACUCUCUCUCUCUCUCUCUCUCUCUCUCUCACUCUCUCUCUCUCACACACACACACACAACCCUGCCCAGUUCUGUUCUCUUGUUCCCUUUAAAGUCUACACUAAUUUACAGAUCUGCAGCGUUAAUUCUAUAGCUGUACUGAAUGAAAGGUUAAUUGAGUAUUAUUUUUUUUUCCGUGUUUGUUUUAGACGAAUUAUUCCUGGAAUGAUGUAAAGUGUAUAAAUCGAUUUGUGUAAGUGGAUGAUGUGAUGUUAGAAAUGAGGUGUGGCUGUCUGAAUAAAGAGUUAAUAUAAAAUCA